GAAAGUUUGUUUAGACAUGGCGGCCCACACAACAGCAGGACAGGCACGAGAGAUAAUUGACGACGAAUCUCUUGCUGAAGAGAAACUGUUAGAGGAGCUGGAGAAUGAGGAGAUUCCUGCCUACAUUCGUGAAGCCAGACUUCAGACUCUUAAACAACAGGCCAGUCAGUUUAGAAAUAUGCACGAAAAAGGAUAUGGUAGAUACAGUGAAUUGGAAAAUGAAAAAGAUGUGUUAGAUCUGACAACAGGUGAAGAGAAGUGUGUGGUCCAUUUCUUCCAUGAAGACUUUAGAAGAUGUGCAAUAAUUGAUACUCAUUUAAAGGUACAGUAA